UGUGUUAAGCGGCCUUUUCCAAUUUGGCAGUCAUGGCGGAUAAAAAGACUCCCAAAGUGCCUGAAACCCUUCUUAAAAGAAGAAAAAGAAAUGAAGAAGUCCGAGCAAAGAAGGCAAAAUCUGCCGUUAUGGCCAAAAAGAAACAAGCCGAAAAGAAAAAAGUCAUCUUUAAAAGGGCUGAAAAAUAUGUCAAAGAAUACAGAGGGAAGGAACGUGAUCAGAUCCGCCUCCAGAGACAGGCCAAGAAAGGAAACAACUUCUAUGUGCCUCCAGAAUCUAGACUGGCUUUUGUUACCAGAAUCAGAGGUAUAAAUGGUGUUCAUCCCAAACCAAGAAAGGUUAUGCAGCUUUUCCGACUACGACAGAUCAACAACGGUACAUUCAUGAAACUGAACAAAGCUACCAUCAACAUGCUGAGAAUUGCUGAGCCAUACAUUACAUGGGGCUAUCCCAACUUGAAGAGUGUAAGAGAAUUGGUCUACAAGAGAGGAUAUGCUAAAGUAAGAGGACAGAGAAUACCACUGACUGACAACUCGAUCAUCGAGAAAAGUUUAGGUAAAUAUGGAAUGAUCUGUAUGGAAGAUUUGAUCCAUGAAAUUGUCACUGUAGGACCAAACUUCAAACAGGCUUCCAACUUCUUAUGGCCCUUCAAACUAAACACACCAAAUGGUGGUUGGAGGAGAAAGUAUAACCAUUUCAAUGAUGGUGGAGACUUUGGAUGCCGAGAGGACCAGAUCAAUCCUCUAUUGAGAAGAAUGAUCUAAAUACAAUGACAGAGUUAUUGAAAGAAAUUAAAAAAAGAAAAAAACAAUGAAAAA